AUCUGAUUGUAUUGCAAUCAUUUUAUCAACCCCCCCUCCCAUUUGGCCACAUAAACUAUAUAAAAGGACAGACUAAAUUUCUCAUCAUUGGAUCUUUCAUCAUUGAAAUUCCCAAGAAGUCAAGAUGUCUACACUGACAAUCUUAGCAGGCUUGUGCCUGGUGCUGUGCCAGUUGGGCGCUUCCACCUCAGUGUCCACCACAGCUGCAGCCUCUCCCAAGAUGGUGUGCUACUUCACCAAUUGGUCUCAGUACAGACCAGACAAAGGGAAGUACAAGCCCGAGAACGUGGACCCCCACCUGUGCACUCACCUGAUCUACGCUUUCUCCAUCAUCAACAGCCGCAAUGAGCUGGUCACCUACGAGUGGAACGAUGAUGUCCUCUACAAGUCUUUCAACGCCUUGAAGACCAAGAACCCUCAUCUUAAGACUCUGCUGGCUGUCGGAGGAUGGAAUUUCGGUUCUUCCCAGUUUUCCAUCAUGGUGAGCAAUGCUGCCAACCGUAAUACAUUCAUCCAGUCAUCCAUCAGCUUCCUGAGGACUUAUGGCUUUGACGGGCUGGACCUGGACUGGGAGUACCCUGGAGCCCGAGGGAGCCCCCCAGAGGACAAGAAGAGGUUCACUCUGUUGUGCCAGGAGCUCGUGGCUGCCUACGCAGCUGAGGCCAAGUCCACCAGCAAUUCACAGCUCAUGCUGACUGCUGCCGUGUCCGCUGGAAAGGGAACCAUCGACGCUGGAUAUGAGAUUGCUGAGAUCGCCAAGUCUCUAGACUUCAUCAACGUGAUGACCUAUGACUUCCAUGGAACUUGGGAGCAAUUCACUGGACACAACAGCCCACUCUACCGUGGUGCUCAUGACACGGGAGACCUUAUCUUCUUCAACACUGACUACGCCAUGAAGUACUGGAGAGAUAAUGGCACCCCAGUGGAGAAGCUGAACAUGGGCUUCGCCUCCUAUGGUCGUACCUUCCGCCUGACAUCAUCUGACACCGGUGUUGGAGCACCAGCUAGUGGCCCCGCCUCCGCUGGGCCCUACACCCGCGAGGCCGGCUUCUGGGCCUACUAUGAGAUCUGCACCUUUGUGAAGGGCACAACAGUUGAGAUGAUUGCAGACCAGAUGGUUCCUUAUGCCUACAAGGGCAAUGAGUGGGUUGGAUUUGACAACAGGCAGAGCUACGAGACCAAGGUCCGCUACAUGAAAGACAACAAGUUUGGCGGUGCCUUCGUGUGGGCCCUGGAUCUUGAUGACUUCGCCAACCAGUUCUGCGCCGAGGGUAACCACCCUCUGCUGGGACAUCUGCGCAACCUUCUUGACAUUGAGCUGCCCCCUCUGCCCCCUACCACCACCCCCAAACCUGGCUCAGUCACCACCACACGCCCCACCACCACACGCCCCACCACCCAUGCCCCUGGGACCGGCUUCUGCAACGGCAAGCCUGAUGGCAUCUACGCCAACCCAGAGGACAACAGCUCCUUCUACAUGUGCGCUGGUGGCAUCACUAACCUCAGCAAAUGCGGCAGCGGCACCGUCUUCAAUGAUAGCUGCAAGUGCUGUGUGUGGCCUUGAGCGUGUUGUGAGGGAGUGAAUUUAUGAUUUGUGAUUUUAAUUUCAGAUCCCCAUUAGCUGUUGAAGAAAAAACAGCUAUUCUUCCUGGGGUCCAUUAAUAUCGUUAAUGCUAAAGCUAACACCAACUUUGUAUUUACCAACUUCAAGUGUUACUGUGCUGAAAAAAAGGUUUUGUGGAAGAAUGAUUUCUGUAGACAAUAGUUGAGAUGGAUUCAGUUGAGUCUUGCACUUAGUUUAGUAGUAGUGGAAAUUGGUUGUUUUGAAUGUGCAUUUUACUUUAGAUUAGAAGCAUAUGAAUAAAACAUUUUUUUCCUGCUUUA